CUGACAAUACGGCCGACUUUUUUUCCUUCGAACUUGGCGGCUGGAGGCAGAGCGGUGCCAAGCCCGAGCCGCACCAACCUGGGCACCCCACGACCCUCCGCCUAGUGGCUGGAGCACGCACCAGUCUCCGCCCUGCGCCGAAAGGGGCGGAUCUGGGGAAGAGUUCCGUAGGCCGAUGCGCCUCGGCCGGGGAAUAUGGCUCGGCUUCUCCUCCGAGGAUUUUCCCGGCUAGGCUGGAGAGAGCUGCCCUCUAGGGCCCUGCACAGAGGCCCCUGUGUCUGCUUCGGGCUUCUCAACAAGCAUGAUGAGCCAGCCACUGACUGGAAAAAGAAAUUGACUCCAGAGCAGUACUAUGUCACUAGAGAAAAAGGAACAGAACCGCCCUUCAGUGGAGUCCUUUUGAAUAACACAGAGCCGGGAAUGUAUCACUGUGUGUGCUGUGACAGCCCAUUGUUCAGUGUGAAGCUCACUUGGGCCAUGUAUUUCCAGAUGGGCCUGAACCAACUGGACAGAGAUUCUGCAUCAACAGCGUGGCACUGACAUUUAAACCAAGCUCAAAAUGAUCAACUCAAAAUCUGAAGAGACAAAGCAUGGCGUAGGGGAAUUGCUGCUGUGUUUGGAGUCAGGAGAGGAGCAGGUUUGAAUCUAAACCUGACACCGGCAGUGUGAUGAGGGGCAAAUAAAUCUCUCAACUUUCCUGAGCUUCAGUCAGCUUCUUCCUCUGUAGGAUGGGAGUGAUAAUGCCUGUACUGCCUACUUUAACAAUUGGUGUGAAAUUAAAUGACCUAUUUUUGUGUAUUUUGUGAACUUUAAA